GCUCAGCUAGUGGGUAAGAGGGCUGAGCUGAGUGCGCGGCUACUUAGCUUGGAGAGAAGAUGGAGGGGUCCAAGCUGGAGAAAUUCAGGAGUCCGAGCAGGGGGAACGGACUCCGGGCUCUGGCUCCGCUGCGGCCCGGGGAGCUGCUGUUCAGGUCGCAGCCCUUGGCUUACACAGUGUGCAAAGGGAGCCGGGGCUUAGUGUGCGAGCGCUGCCUGUGCAGGAAGGAAAAGCUGCUUCGAUGUUCUCAAUGCAAAGUUGCCAGAUACUGUGGCUCAGAAUGUCAGAAGCAAGCCUGGCAGGAUCACAAGCGAGAAUGUAAAUGCCUUAAGAGCUCAGAACCCAAGUUUCCUCCUGACUCUGUCAGACUUCUUGGCAAAGUUGUUUUCAAACUACUGAGAGAAUCAUCUUGUGCCUCUGAAAAACUCUACUCCUUUUUUGAUAUGGAGUCAAACAUUAAGAAUCUAAGUGAAGAAAAGAAGGAGGGCCUCAGGCAUCUUGCUGUGACAUUGCAACUUUACUUGAAAGAGGAGAUCCAAGAUGCCUCCCAGCUGCCACCUGCCUUUGACAUUUUUGAAUCCUUUGCGAAAGUGAUCUGUAACGGUUUCACCAUCAGUAAUGGAGAGAUGCAGGAAGUUGGUGUUGGCCUGUAUCCUAGCAUGUCUUUGCUGAAUCACAGUUGUGAACCAAACUGUGUGAUUGUGUUCGAGGGACCCAGCCUCUUCCUUCGAGCAGUCCGAAAUAUCCAGCUGGGAGAAGAGCUUACCAUCUGCUACCUUGAUGUGCUGAUGCCCAGUGCAGAGAGACAGAAGCAGCUGAAAGAACAGUACUGCUUUGAUUGCGACUGUCCCCUAUGCCUAACACAAUCCAAGGAUGCUGACAUGCUAGCAGGAGAGGAACAAGCUUGGAAGGAAGUUCAAGGUUCCUUGGAAAAAGUUGAAGAUCUCCAGUCACAAGAAAAGUGGGAACAGGUUCUGGCUAUAUGCCAGACUCUUAUAAAUAACUGUGGAGAUCGUCUUCCAGACAGAAACAUCUAUCAGCUAAAGAUGCUUGACUGCGCAAUGGAUGCCUGUAUUAAUCUUGGUCUGUGGGAGGAUGCUUUGCUCUAUGGAAGCCGAACCCUGGAACCAUACAGGCUCUAUUACCCAGGCUUUCAUCCUGUCAGAGCAGUCCAGGUAAUGAAAGUUGGCAAACUCCAACAGCACCAAGGCUUAUAUCCUCAAGCCCUGGAGACCUUGAAACAGGCUUUUGAGCUUAUGAAAGUGACACACGGCAGAGACCACAGCCUGGUAGAAGACCUGAUGCUGCUUUUGGGAGACUGUGAGGCCAAUCUGCAAGUGGCAUGAGAGGCCCUGACCCUAGGCCAGAAGGUUACCACUCUGAAGGAAGAAGGCUGACCAUAUCAGGCCUUGAUUGUCUGGAUUAGGUCACAAACAUUGGAGUCUAUCAAAUGAGCUUUCUGUUUGCUGUGUGAACCUCACCUCUCAAAAAUGCUGUGCUGUGUUUAUCUAGGUGUCUAGUGGUGUCCGUGUGGUUUGCAAAUAACAGGAACCACUGAGUUAGAAGGAAACUAAAUUAUAAUAAACAGAAGGUUUGGUGGGCAAUGCCAUCUGG